GGUGCUCCCACCACUCCACCACUCCACCUGCGUGCACAGCAGGGCUGGUCUGAUGGGUUAUGACGGUCAUAUAGAGUUAGCGCGCUCUCUUGCGUGGACAGGACGGCAGUUCUCAGACAGAGGUGCAGCCAACGACCGCCGUGAAGGGAAAUGUGCGUUCGGAUACGCGCGCAAGACGCGUUACCUUAAAUGGACAAACGCACGACUUUUCUUCAAACGUGCAAGGAAAGUUACUUUUUCCGAAAGACAGGCAUCGAAAUAACACGCGCACUCAGUGUUUCGCUUAGUUUUUGAGUUUUCCCAUGUCACUGCGCGAGCAUAAACGCUGCGAGUGGUCCGUCACUGGCUUUGUGCACUUUGGUAACCGUGAUACAUCCCCCAGUUUGAUUGGCUGGUAGACUGGAAGGUGUGGUCUCACUGGUCUGGAAAUAUAGCGGGGUUCUGUUGUCGUUCUCAAUCGUUUCACUCGACUUCGUGCGCACGGUUUUCAAGAGCUCGUUCGACUGCGUGAAAGUGAUGCACCGCGCGACGGACCGGGCCACCAGGCGCCAGCGAUGCGAAGUUUGCAGGAGCCGCGGCGGCUCAGUUCUGUUUCUUUCCCCCGGUCCGAUCGAAAAGUGCUUUUGAGCCUGACGCACGCAACAUGCGUGGCCGGAUCUGGACGGACGUCUGCUAGAGGGGCGUGAAGCUCGGGCUCGACUUGCUUUGCGCGCACGGUCCUGCAGCGUGCGUGCCGGAUGACCACGAGGGAGCCAUGGCCACGUGCAACCGUGGGAUUCAGAUAGUUCUGACCACGCUGGGCGCGUUCGCGGCUUUCAGCUUGAUGACCGUGGCGAUCGGAACUGACUACUGGGUGUACGCUCGAGCCUACAUCUGCAACGCCACCAACAGCACGACGGAGGAAACAGAAAGCCCUCCGCAGCCCAAAAAGAUUAAAGGGGAUCUGACGCACUCCGGCCUCUGGAGAAUCUGCUGCAUUGAAGGGAUCAACAAGGGCAGCUGUUACCGGAUCGAUCACUUCCCCGCAGACGCCGACACCGACUUGGACGGCUACGAGUACGUCCUGCGGAUCGUCCGCGCCUCCAGCCUCUUCCCUAUCCUGAGCACCAUCCUGCUGCUGGUGGGCGGGCUGUGCGUGGGGGCCGUGCGCAUCUACAGCAGACGGAACAACAUGCUCUUGAGUGGGAGCAUCCUGUUCGUGGCGGCGGGACUCGCCAACAUCAUUGGUAUCAUCGUGUACAUUUCCUGCAAUAUUGGAGAUCCCGGUGACAAAAAGGAUGACGACAAGAAGAGCCAGUACAGCUACGGCUGGUCCUUCUACUCCGGCGCGUUGUCCUUCAUCGUGGCAGAGGCCAUUGCCGUCCUCGCUGUGAACAUCUACAUCGAGAAGAACAAGGAGGAGUACUGCAAACGCCGUGAAAUGUUGCUGAAUCCCGCACCGUUGUCCAUCCCCUCCCCUUAUACGCGCAUCUCAAGCUAUCGCUACCGGAGACGGCCGUCCUGCUCCACCGAGCCGUCCCGGGACCCCUCGCCCGUCGGUCGCAAGGCACCCCUGUCCUCCACGCUGCCCCUGAGCGAGAUCUCGAUGUACACGCUGGGGCGGGAGCAUCCGCUGAGGCCGGCCGGCGUUCUGGGCCCCUACAGCUCCGACCAGGAGUCGCUUAGCUUCCUGCAAGUGCACAACUGCUUCCCGAAAGACUUGAAAGAAAGUGUUAACCGGAGGACCACACCGGUGUGAACCUCCGCAAGGUGGCCACCUCUCGCAGCGACGCUUGGAAGAAUGAUUCCAUAGUUCCAUUUUGGAAAGCUAAACAGCAGGCAUUUUGUAGCCGAUUUACAUAUCCGAAGCCCGUUUCCCCAGUUGAGAGCUGUAUUGUGAAAAGAUGCUUGGUUAACAUUGUAGCAUUACUUGAGCCAUAUCUGGCUUUGAGGGGCUUCAUACUGUAUAUUCCACUCUGACCAGUCAAAGUAGCAAUACUUUUAUGAUGCACUGAAUUUUGAAAUGUUAAGCCUUUGUCCGAGUAUUGAUCAAUUAUGGUUUUCUUAACCUUCCUUUUUACUUUGAGCAAUGUACAGUGUAGUGGCAAUAUGUAUGACUUGGAAACAACAAAGUUAAAAGGAGACAUCUGAAAGGUGCUAUUUCAGUCAAUCUGAGAGCAGUUCUGAAUGACUGCCCAGCAGGUAUUGGGUCCUGACACUGUUUGAUCUAAUAUCUAGAAAAAAAGCCAUUUUGAACAACUGUGAUUUGAACCACUGCCGUAUUGCUCGCUUCUGACGUUUACAUUUCGAAUCCAAGAGAAUCUGAGCCCUGAAGAAAAGUCCUAAAACAUAUAACAGGCCUAAUGCUAACUGCACGAUCAUGGACUUCAUGCUCAGGGAAGUUAAUAACAGCUGUUGGGUUGAAGGAUCGUGGCUACAAUAAGGGAGUUUUUAUAACCUUGCAACCACUUUCCUUUGAUUCCGGUAUUGGAGUACUCUUAAAUCCGUGGGGCCCCUCGCCUAAGCAGCCCCUUUAAACUUCUGUUCCUGAUCCAUAAACAAGCUCUUUAACUUCAGCCCUGUGGUGAACCAGUUUUUGGCACAUAUGGUGUAGCACUCAAGCCCAUGAGUAAUUCGCUCCGGUUGUGUUGUGCAGAGCUCACGGAACGUCCCUGAGCUGCUCGUCCCGGUAGGAGAAAGCAUUUGGUUAAUGAAGCAAGCUUGAUUGCCUUAUAGUAUACAGGGUCCAUUCAGCGAAACUACAAACACGCAUUACAGAAUCUGUGGGGUGGUGGAGUUCCGAGCACAGCACUGAGGCCGCUGCCGAAUUCCCAAAUGUUCAAAGACGUCUGUCUGGUGUUCUGUCGAUUUGUCCUACCUUGUCGAAAUGUCCUACCAUAGCGCAUAUUUAUAGAUCCUAUCUAUCGAUCCGUGCUAACUUGUCGGAAUAUAAUACCAUAAGUGUUCUUUUCUACUUUUUCUCCAUUACUUCUGUGACCUUAUUGGAAAAUUUAACCAACCCAAAUAAUCCUAUGGGUAGCAGAGUUUGACAAUAUAAAUACCUGUUUAACAAAUGCUAUUCACAUAAAACUAAGACAAUUUGAUGGGCUAAAUCAGAAAUGGCACUUGAUUUGAUUAAAGAUGAGACAGUUUGAUAUGUUAAAUCACUCUAUCAAAGCAUGCUCUCAGUGUUAAAACUGUAGGUAAGACAGUUUUGAAGGCUAAAUCACAAUAUCAGAAUAUGUGCCUAGUGUUUAAUAUUAGAGAUAGGACAAUUUGAAAUAACAUAAGACAUUUAAAAAAUGAAACUUUUUUUUUUACAGAUGUAAUUACAGUCAUCGAUUAUUAUUAUAAUAGGUGUUAGGGUAUUGAUGGGUGUUAGGUGUGAUCAGUGUUGAAUAUGUUGGUUGGUGUUUGGUGUGGUCAGUGUUGGAUAUGUUGGUGGGUGCUUGGUGUCAUCUGCGUCUUGCUGCAGGAUAGACUGUGAGGGUUGUGUAAUGUAACGGUUAUGACACCAUCACACUAUAUGCAUGCAGAAUUUAUCUGAGUGUUUAAUUGUAUUUCAGUUUAAUAAUUUGCUAAAAAUGUCAACAACAACAAAAAAAGAUCUUCAAACUAUUUAUCGUGACCGUGGUGUUUUUACUUGUAAAAAACGUCACAGAUCACAGUAAAAUGUCACAGUACAAAGUAGCAAGUCUUUGAUAUGUUGGGAGCUAGUGGAGGAAAAAACAUUUGAGUCCAGAUGUUGUCUUUGAUCACAUGGGUCUGUUAAAUUCAGCACACUUGACAUAAUGAACAUAAUGACUCAAACCAGGUAUUAGAUGCUAACUACAGAGAACACUUGACUGCCUAGAGGAGAUGUUUGAAAAUGGUUAAAUGAUCUGACAUGCAUGAAAUCAAUGCUUCUUAGAAUAAAUACUAAUACGAUUAAUAGAGUGUUUUCUAAGUAAAUAACUUGGAUAAAAGGUUUUUUUUCCCUUCUAAUUUUCUCAGGGGCCUAAAACAUUUACACAGUACAGUGCAUGUAUAUGUAUGCAUAUAUGAGAGAGAGAGAGAGAGAGAGUUAAGUUGAAAUCUGGAGGGAUAUCUACAAAGAUUUAGCCUCUGUGGCUUAUACCUUCAUAUGUGUGAUUCCUCAGACAAUAAACGUGUGUGUACUGUCUAAUUUUUUUUCCUUUUCUCUAAAGAAAACUAAUUUUUAAAAAGGAAAUAGAAGUACUGCUCAUUAAAACAACCGAGAUGCUAUUAUAUGAUCAUAUAUUAAUUUUAAAGACACAGUUAACUAAAACUACUACAUAAUGUGAAAUAAAUCAGUUCAUUGCACCUUAUCUACAAACAUAUAGUGGAAUCGUGCGCGCUGGUGCUUACAGGUGGGUAAGGGAAAACUAGCCCAGACCCCCAACCAGGCACUGGAGACUUGGACUUGCCAUACACACUUCAGUGUUGAGUUAAUAUGUAUUAAGUUGAGUUAAUAUAACAUAUUAGACGAAAGUCUGAAUUUAGACUAAAACAAUUUGACGUUACAAAACACAACAGCCUGCUAAUUAGAAAUAGAGAUGACAAGACCACUUCCGAGUUUGUUUGGAAUUGCACACUUUCUGAACACUAGAAGAAAAAAAUGACAACGUUAAGCCGAGUUUACAUAAUGUGCCUGACGACGUCUGAAGUAAUAUUAAAUUACAAAGUAUUACCUUGUACCAAUGAUGAGAACAAAACAACCGAUUCAAAUCGUGGGGCAAAAUUCCCAAGUGGCAUGUAUUUAUGCACGCCCGCUAAUCCGCGGGGUCCUAAUGGCGUUGGGCGCGUGGAUAAGAACCCCGGGUAGGGCAGCUCGAGGGGUAGAAUAACAUGUGAGAGCACCACGUCUCUUAAAAACACUUUUACAAAGUCAUUAUUAAGGUAAUAACGUCUGGCAGUAGACGGACAUGGCGCUAACAGUCCAGGAUGAAGAAUGGCAGUCACUGAAGGCGGUUCGUUAUCAUGUCUUAUUGCUGUGAUCAAUCAAACACGGACACUUGCUUCUCCGUGGACCUUAUGAAGUCGUCUCAUAACAUUACCAGAGGAAAUGUGUAUUCCCAGCAGACUAUUGUCAUGGCAACAGUUAACAAACACAAAGUGAAUUAUGCUCCGAUGCAAUCUGUCUUACUGCUGAGACUAAACAAUGACAAACAGCGUCUUGUUUUCAGUCUCUCAGUAGCAGAAAUGCUAAAUCUUUUAAUGGUUUUAGUAAAAACACACCAUCGUGCAUACCUGUAAUUUAGCACCAUGCUUUAUGUUAAUCUAACACAUCUGCAGUGCGUAUUUGUGAAAAAGUAAGAGUCUACCUGCGUGUUAUUUGUCUGCUGUCUCUGACUGUAGUUCUCCUCAAUAAAAGACACUACGUUGAUGUUGUACCUGUAGUUCUCCUCAAUAAAAGAUAAGAUGUUGAUGA